UCUUGUUUUGGAUAUAAUUUUCAUAUGUUUUUGUCAGUGCUGCCAUAUGUGCUCUUGGCCACCUGCCUCAUUGCUGUUUCUCUCUGUGAAAUUUCCCUAAAAAUGCAAAGAUAUUCAGUUAUAAGGACUACAAUAAUCCCUACAGUACCUUUUGCUAGUGGGCACUUGCACAGGUGCAGAAAUGGAGGAAGUUUCUCGUACAGCUGCAAUAAAUGUAGUCCAUAUUUGCAUCCCAAGCCCAAAGGGGAACAAGGACUGUCCUCAUUGAAGGAUCUCCACAGUACUUGUCAGGAAAGACUGCAUCUCACCAUAGCUGCAGGAAUCACAGAUAGCUGAGGAGGGAGGACAGAGGGGAGUCUUGCUGCAGCCAAGAGGAUGCAGAUGUACUGCUAUAUUCUGAAAAUCGAUUACAAUAAGAAUGAAAAAAUCCUUGUAAUUUUCUCUGGAAAACAUGCAUUUCUGAUAACAUCACUGAAAAUAAUAGCAUUUGCAGUUUUUUUUAAUUUUUAAUUUGAUUUAGGCAGCAAGAAAUUAAAGGAAUUUAGUCCAUCGAGCAUGUUUUGGAAUGUGCUUUCCAAUUAUCCCAGGCCUUGACUAAACUGAUUUGAAUCAUUUCAUCGAUCAAACUUGUAUACUUUUAGUGAGGGUUCUGCUUUAAAGUGUGAAAUGAUUUUUUUUUCCCCCCAGAAAGUAUAUAAUAACCCGUAAGCCUAAGACAUCCAGCCAAAAUAUCCUGCAAUGCAAAUGCAGUUCCCUUUGUUGUCAGUUCCAUAAAGCAGCCCAGAGUCCUUUCGGGAGCAAGGACUGGAAGGCAUCGGCCCACAGAGGCUUUCCUUCACACUUCCCCCAGGUCCAUGAAUAUUGAACGCGCUCUGUGCAAGGGGGACUUCUUCAACAGGAAACUAUGAAAGAGGGUUAAUGUCCUGCAGCAGCUGAAUAGGGAAUCUCCAUAAUACUCAGACACACGAGUGCUGGGACUGCUGCUUGACUGUACGCUGUAACUUCUAGUGAAAAGACCACUUCUUCCUUCAGCUGUGGUUUGACAAGACUCAGGCUUCUCUGGUUUUGAAAUCAGAAAGGCCCUAGGUUCCUAUUUCCAAAUAAAUGGUUGUAAGUUGUGGUGUAACUGUUCUGCUGGGGCAGUCCUUCCCUCUGGCUGGGAGCUGGGUGUAGCGGGGCCCCGGGGAAGGACGAUGCUUCCUGCAGCCUGUUCCAGCACUCUGUAUAUUGUGCUGAAAACACGUCCUCUGAGCCCAGAGAAAAGCUGCUUUUUCUGAACCCCCAAAACCUUGAGAGAAGCUGAUGUGGGUUUGUGAACCCGAAAAUGUACUAACAACUAAGUGUUCAGGCCCUUAAGCCUCCUUUUCUGAAUAACUUUGACAAUUUAAGAUCUCAGGAAGUAAAUUGAGAGUUCUUUUAUGAAAGUUAUUUUUAAAAUUGUAUUGCCUGUGGUAGUUGUCAGUGUUACAAAACACAGCAAAUGUCUAUGAGUAUCCACUGAUUUUUUCGAGGGAAUGACUACGUUACAGACUCAAAACUAACCACGUCUUUCUGCAGUACAGUAUUUUAAUGUCAGAUGAAUGAUAUGAAACUGGCGGGUCUUUCAUCACUGGGGAAGUGUUCUAAUUAUGACUUGUGCCACCGAGUUGCAUGCUAUUAUUACUGUUGCACAGAAAGUUCCCCUCCGUUACGGUUUCUGGUAGGCAGAGCAGGGUAUUUUCUGUCUCUUUUUGUCUCUCUUUUACUGAAUCAGACAGUCAUUUCCAAAGCCAGUACACCUCUGCCCAAGUCCUGGGGUUGUCUCAAGCAGCAUGCACAAUUCUAGCAGCACAGAGCAGAGAAUUAUAAGUUUUUCAGUUCUUUCAUAGUAUAACAAUUAAUGUAAUCCAUCCCUAAAAGAGAAGAAACCAACUGGAAUGCUCUGACACACUGCAUGUAAUGGUAAUAGCACUAACUGAUGACUCUCAGCAGUAUCUUUAGCAAUGGCUGGGACAUAAAGGCCAAGAUUUUCCAACUAACAAAAGGCAUGGCAUACUCUGAGGCUCAAUGCUCAACUUUAAAUACUAAGCAGAACUAACUUCCAGAAUAUGCCAAGUGUUUUAGUCUUAAUUUGGGUCUCAAAAAAAUGUAAUUUGAAAUUUCAGCUACUUGUUUUCCUUGUUUAUGAAGCUUACACCAAAGUCAAAUUAGGCAAAAUUCUCAGAGAACAAAGGAAGAAGAGAGGUGCAUGAGGAUUUUAAGUGUAAAUGAGAGCAGUUAUACUAAUAUUUUGAUCCAAUUAAUUUUUAUAGACUUGGAAGGCCAUUUUUCUCAGAGAAACUGGAUUUUUAGAAGAGAUUAAUUGCAGUAAGAAUAAGAAAGUAGGUGUUUGGAUGGCCAUGUAGAUGGAAGAAAACAGAGCACACAAUGAGAAAUUAUGGCAAUGGAAAGGGCAACAGAAAUCAUAGACUGAGGAAGAUGUCAGAAUAAAUGAACACAGUAUAAUCAGGGCCCAUAUUUUCCUAUUUCUGUGAGGGAGGAAAAGGCACCAAGUUCAGUAGCAGAAGGAUGUCAAUUCCCAAAUCAUAUUGCUGAGUGGAAAAAUAAGGAAUAUGGUAAUGAAAUCUGCCCUGUGGGUAAAUUACCAUAUAGCAAGAUGCAGAAAGCGGGGGACAAGGGAAGAUGUAGGACGUGGUUGAAUACUCAUAUAAUAAUUACAAGAGCACAGAAAAGAAAGGCUUGACAAGAAAACAAAUUUCACUUAAUGUUUCUAGAGCUUGAAGAAACAUUAAGACAUCUGGGAGAAAAUACAGGAAAGACAGAGAAUAGUUAUUGUUACUCCUUCUUCCUGACUCAUUCUUGAGACUGAUACAAAACUAGAGGAGCUACAGAUUGCUGACAGGAGCAGCUGAAAGACCACUCUGUCAGUCCCUGCCACCCAAUGCUUAUUAACAGGUCCUGUGGCCUCAAAUUCUUUGGUUUGAUAGAGCUAGCAUCUGCCAAUUGUUCUUCUACAGUGCACAGCUUGCCUAGCUCAUCACAAAUUAGUUGAGGAAGGAACAUGGAGAAAUUCCUUCUGCACUGUUCACAUCACACCCCUAUACCUAUACCUAUAUUGGAAUGUGUUCAUUGCAGCAGAAAUGCUAAGUCACGGCUUGAAACAGUGACUGAGCACCUGGUGGGAAGGGAGUUCAGGUGCAUGCAUCUGGAUCCUGGCUCCACCCCUUCCUAGACAUCAUUUAAGGGUUGGCAGUGGAGGCAGCAGUAUCUUGCUGGUGGUCCCUGCUUACCUGAGGCCUUACAAGGGGUGCCUGGUGGAGGAGGUAGGCAGAGAAUUUCCCCUGAGGAAAGAAUUUUCCACUGACAUGAAUAUGGCAGAGCUUUGAAACCGCUUUUCAAACCAUCCCCGCACGCAACUUCACUCCUGCAGAUAAAAAGGAGAAUUGCUGAGGCCCGCAGAACUGCCACGCACCAUCAGCAUCAGCUGCCCAGCAGGACAGCAGGCUGGCACCAUCCCAGGCUGAAAGCUGUGUAUGUGCAGAAGUUGUUGCUGCUGUGGAUGUGAACACUCUUGCCAAUGAAGUUUAUAAGCACAACUUUCCCAGCACACCAUUAUGGGCAAAGACAAUUGAGAAUUGGCCUACAAGGUGAUGUAUCUGAUCCGAGGACAAAGAGCUUUCUUUAUAUUCUUGAUAUUCUCCCAAGGCUCCAGAAGCUUCCAAAAUACCUACUUUUAGAAAACGUUAAAGGAUUUGAAUCCUCUUCUGCAAGAAAUGAACUUCUGCGAACACUAGAAACAUGUGGAUUUAAAUAUCAAGAAUUUCUUUUGUCUCCAACCUGUCUUGGCAUUCCCAAUUCUAGGCUGCGGUAUUUUCUAAUUGCAAAGCUUCACCACGAGCCGUUUUUCUUUCAUGUUCCUGGUCAGAUAUUGACAAGAUUCCCAGAUCAGAAUCUAGAAGAGUUAUCCAAGGAUGAAGUUGUUGACGAAGCUAGUUCUUCCUUGCCUUCUGGAGAGAAGAGUCUACUUUCAAACACUGGUUCUGAUUGCAGCAGCAAGAAUGGACCCUUGCCAAAAGAGUCCUUUCUUUUUAAGCUUGAAACAGUAGAAGAAAUGGUAAGGAAGCAUAGUCAAGACAAUGAUCCCUCUAUUCAAAUGUUACAAGAUUUCCUGGAAGAUGAGAAUGAAGAAAUGAGUCAGUAUUUUUUAGCACCCAAGUCCUUGCUACGCUACGCUUUCUUAUUAGACAUUGUUAAACCCACUUGCCGGAGAUCCACAUGCUUUACAAAAGGGUAUGGGCACUAUGUAGAAGGGACAGGCUCCGUUCUGCAGACAGCAGUAGAUGUGCAGCUUGAAUCAGUGUUUAAGCACAUUGAGAGCUUAACAGAAGAAGAGAAGCUUAUGAAACUGUCAACGCUAAAACUGAGGUAUUUUACUCCAAGAGAAAUAGCAAAUCUGCAUGGAUUCCCUCCAGAAUUUGGCUUUCCUGACAAAGUAUCAAUAAAGCAAUGCUACCGUCUUCUGGGAAACAGCCUCAACGUACACGUGGUGGCAAAGUUGAUCUCCGUUCUACUCGGAUAAUUUAGAACCUGAAUCAGAUGACUGUGGAUUGGUGAUGGAAAAUACUUCAGUCUUUCACGAGCAAGCUGGUGGCAGCCUAACAAAGAUCAGAACUAACUAAAAUAUACGUCCAGAUAUUUUGCUAAACAGUUCUGAUAUGUUUAAAUACCUUUCACUCACGGUGGAUUUGCACUCCAGAUGUCUUUUAUUGAAAUGGAAGUUUCCAGGAAUUAAUUGCUCCUUUUAGAUAAUGGUUUUACUUUGCAAAUGAAAAACAGCAGAAAUAAUUAAAUAUGUAUGUAAAUAAAAAUGGAGAAAAUAGUUUUAUCUGAAAGCUGUUCUCAAUACAAUAUAAAAAGGCUGUAAAUGUCAAAGCUGCUUUCAUUAAGAGCAAAGACAAGUUUCCGUGUGUAAAAUGCUUUCAUUUGUAAAUAACAGCAAUCCAUUCCAAAUAGAUUUAGUGUAUAUAUGAUCUAAUUACUUUUUAAAAAUCUAAUGAAAGUGUUAAACUCAGUAUUUUACGUAGACUUUUUAAGAAAACCCGUUGUCAUCUGUAGUUUAGGUUUGUCUGAUCCUGUCUGAAUGCUUUCAGGUUCUGGAACUCAAGUGUGUCUGUUCUGUAUGAUUUGUUCAGCUGAAUAAAAAUAUUUCAAGGUUAUCAUAA